UUGUAUUCUGCUGAGGAAAUGAGGAAAGAAGUUUUUAUCAAACAAAAAAAAAAUGAGGAAAGAAGUGGCAGCUCAUGGCCUUCCAUUGUUUCUCUGUCUCUGUGUUUCGUUUUGGAGUUACUUGGAAAUUCUCCACUGCUCAGGCAAGCUCCUAGAUCCACAGGAAGUUGAGGCACUCAAGAAGAUAGGGUCCAAGCUGGGAAAACAAUGGAAUUUCAGUGUGGACCCAUGCACUGGGACUUUCGGUUGGGUGGACCCCGCCAAACCCAACCCCAACUCCCCAAUGGCAGCCGAUGUUUCUUGUGACUUAUGCAAGGCCGAUUACUGCCACAUCACCAGCAUCAUCCUUAGGGGACAAAAUCUCACCGGUUUUCUCCCGAAUGAGUUCUCUAACCUCACUUUCCUCCGAGUCAUAGAUUUGACUAGGAAUUAUCUUGCCGGCAGUAUUCCUGUUUCAUGGGCUUCACUUCCUCUCACGAACUUGUCUCUCUCGGGAAAUCGUAUAUCCGGGUAUAUUCCAGAUAAGUUGGGUAACAUCAGCACCCUUGUAGAUUUAGGAUUGGAAGGCAAUAUGAUUCAAGGGCAAAUUCCUUGGUCUUUCGGCAAACUCAUAAACUUGAAACGAAUUCUUAUUUCAGCCAACAACCUCACAGGAAAGCUGCCAGAGUCGUUGGGAAACCUUACAAAUAUUGUCUUCUUCCGAAUUGACGGCAACCCAAUCUCUGGCAAUAUUCCGGACUUCAUUGGAAACUGGAAGAAACUUGAUCGAUUAGACAUGCAAGGCACCUCCAUGGAAGGGCCAUUUCCUGCUAACUUUUUUUCAUCUGCAACAGUAACUCAGCUGAGGGUAACUGAUUUGAGAGGAGGUUAUUGGGAGUUCCCACAGCUGACAAAUAUUACAAAUAUCAAAAAAUUGGUUUUGAGGAAUUUGUCAUUAUCUGGUGAACUGCCCAAUGACAUAGGAGAACUGACAUCUCUCCAUUACCUAGAUGUGAGUUUUAAUAACUUGACCGGGGAGAUUCCAGAAAGUUGGGAAUAUCUGAAGAACCUUAAACAUCUGUACCUCACCAAUAACAGUUUAACUGGAGAAAUACCAGAUUGGAAAUUGAAAAGUGGAAACAACAUUGACCUAUCCUACAACAGCUUUAAUGGUUCAAAUGCUCCAGACGAUUGCCCUUCUGCAGGAAAUUUGAAUUUGGUAUCUAGCUAUUCAGCAUCAGAAAAUAAUUCGAUUGCACCAUGUCUGAGGAGGAAUUACCCAUGCUCUGGAAAAGCAAAAAAUUACAAUUUGUUCAUAAACUGUGGUGGUGACCAAAAAAACAUUGAUGGUGAUGAGUAUCAAGCUGACACAGAUACAGGAGGUGCAUCAUAUUACAAUUCUUUUAAUGAAAAAUGGGCUAUUAGCUCCACUGGGGACUUUGUGGACAACGGGGACGAAAAAUACAUUGCUAAAAACAGUUCGGCUUUGAACAUAUCAAAUCCAGAAUUAUACAUGACUGCUCGUCUCAGCCCGCUCGCCCUUACAUAUUAUGGACUCUGCCUUCAGAAUGGAAAUUAUACAGUUAAACUACACUUCGCUGAGAUCAUGUUUGCUGAUAAUCAUACUUUCUCUAGUGUAGGAAGGCGCAUCUUUGAUGCAUAUAUCCAGGGUGAGAAGGUUCUACCAGACUUUAAUAUUGCCAAAGAAGCCAAUGGAAAUGAGCGGGAAACCAUCAGGAGCUUUAACGCUAAAGUAGAUAAGAACACUUUGGAGAUUCACUUCCAGUGGACUGGAAAAGGGACCAAUGCUAUUCCUCAUAGAAACGUUUAUGGACCUCUAAUUUCAGCUAUCUCAGUCACACCAAACUUCAAGCCAGACAAAGGGGGGCUCUCUGUUGGGGCUAUUUUGGGUAUUGUGGCUGCUGGUUGUGUGGCCAUUGCAAUUAUCUCAACGCUCAUCUGGCUUUUCUUGAGAAGAAGAAAGUAUGAUGAAAACAAUGGGCUGGAGUUGCAGGCUGGUUACUACAGUUUAAGGCAGAUCAAAGCUGCAACCAGGAAUUUUCAUGCCACAAAUAAAUUAGGAGAAGGUGGUUUUGGCCCAGUUCACAAGGGUGUUCUGUCAGAUGGAACUUUGAUUGCUGUGAAGCAACUUUCUUCAAAGUCUAGUCAAGGAAAUCGCGAGUUUGUAAACGAGAUAGGCAUGAUAUCUGCUUUACAACAUCCCAAUCUUGUCAAGCUUUUCGGUUGCUGCAUUGAAGGAAACCAACUGUUGCUGGUAUAUGAAUACAUGGAAAACAACAGCCUCGCAAAUGCUCUAUUCUCUUCAGAAUCAGACAGACUAAAUUUGGAUUGGCAAACAAGGCGAAAAAUUUGCCUCGACAUAGCUCAAGGCUUGUCAUAUCUCCAUGAGGAGUCAACGUUGAAGAUUGUUCACAGAGACAUCAAGGCAACUAAUGUGUUACUUGAUAAAGAUCUCAAUGCAAAAAUUUCUGACUUCGGCUUGGCUAGACUCUCAGGAGAUGAUGAAAGCCACAUUAGCACAAGGAUAGCGGGAACUAUUGGAUAUAUGGCGCCUGAAUAUGCCUUGAGAGGUUACUUGACAGACAAAGCGGACGUCUAUAGCUUUGGAGUAGUCAUGUUGGAGAUCAUUAGUGGUAUGAGCAACGCAACUUGCAUUGUAGAGGAUGAUUCUGUGUAUCUUCUAGAGUGGGCCUAUGUACUACAAAAGCAGGGUAAUUUGCUUGAACUUGUUGACAAAAGCCUUGGAACCAACUGCUCAGAGGAAGAGGCAUUGCAGAUGUUGAAUCUGGCUCUUGACUGUACCAAUCCUUCCCCAUCUCUGAGGCCUACCAUGUCUGCAGUGGUGAGCAUCCUUGACUGCCAGAAUUCCAAACAAGUGUCAUCGAGCAUUGAUGACACAGGGUCCCAUAUCUUUGGCAAACUGUCACGUGAAAGCCAAUCUGCUAGUGUGUCAAUGGAUGUGCAAUGGGUGGAUUCCUCUGUUUCCGCAGAAAGUUCCAGCAAAGAACACACUCGUUGGUAUUCUGCAACCAUGGAGCAAGUUUCUGGCUCCUCAGCAUAGUUUGAUUGGCGAUGCAGAACAGUAUAGAUAUUAAUUAUGUGCAUUUUUUUUAAAAUAAAAAGAUAAAUCUCGGAUUUAUUAAAGAAAAAACAGAGUAUAGAAAAGAGAAGCAAACAACAAGUGUCAACUGGGAGUGGAUACACAAGCCAACAAACAUGAGAAGUACGUGAAAAGAGACAGAUCAGACAAACAUAAAAGGACAAGAAGAGAGAGUUGGAAACAUGGCCUAGCUAGGACUCAUUACCGGGUAAGGUGGAGACAUGAGAUCACAUGCUGGUUGUUGGGUCUGUAACUAGUGUGUUAGGGUCGCACUCAUUGCAUGUGGAAAGCUAUGAAUUAGAUGUUUGUUCUCA